GCAAACUACGCUUGUUACCUCCGACAGGUCUGCAGGCCACUGCUGCUGCCCGAGCCCGAGAUUUACCGCGAGCACCCCCGGACGGAUCAAUGGAUGGGAGCAUCAAAGGUCUCGAUCUUAGAUCUAUACAUUCGCUAGCUCAUGUCGUUCUGGCGUUCCAGAUCCCCUCUUGUUGUAGCUCGUCUGUGCUGCAGAGCAAAAGAGAACCAUGGAACUCGAGUCGCUUGAGAUCCACAGUUGCCAGUCGGCAUCAUGUCGACCUUGGAUGCUGCUCCUGCCUUGGUCUAGCGCACCAGCGUGCUCCCCCAUCACCAAGCGUACAUAUAAACGUUUGUACGACCUUCGAGCAUUCAAGAGUACAUACGAGUACAGAAAAGCUCAGGCCCCAGCGGUGCCUAUACGCGGCCGCGGAACGGCAUGUAGCGAUGUCUGCCAGCCACCUCACAAUGCACGCUGCGAACAUCAAGCUUGCUGCCCGCACUUUCGAUCAACAGGUCCAUGAUGACGCUGCCGCUCUUCCUGACGUCUCUCGUGCUUAAAAUCCCUGCUCCUCUACACGCGGAUGCCGCCGCCAAUGCGCACAGGCGCAUCGCAGAACCUUCUGC